CCUACACGAGCGGACAUGAGCUGUCGGCCAUACCAGGAUCCGCGAGCUUAUGACUUGCCCACAAGCUACCGUCUAGAAGACCGAUAUUCGGUUGAUAAAUAAGUUGCAAGUACACGCAUCAUACUCUUAGGUUUACGAGGAGCCAGCACGACUCGGCGCUACAGGCGCACAGCGUCCGCCACCGGCGAGCAGCAGCGCUGUCCAUAACAAGUCAUUCGCAGCUUUGCAGACUAUGAACCGGCUAUGGACCAGUCUUCUCAAAGCAGCGCUCGUCGUUUGUGCGUGGUCCAGUGCAUGUUCGGCCAUCGAGCUCGGCGCGGAAGCUGUCGGUAGUCCUUUGGCCCCGAGUCAUACUCGAGCGUUUGCUCUGCCCGUCAGGCAUCACAAGCUUCCUGACGGCGUACGGAGACGCCGGCACUUACUAAGGAGCUCAACCAGGCCAGUCUACGGAAACGUGCCCGAGCUUGGGUACUACUACACGUAUCUGACCAUCGGGACGCCGGGACAGACGGUCUCGGGCAUCCUGGACACCGGGUCGACGCUGCCUGCCUUCCCCUGCUCUGGGUGCACGAGGUGCGGCCCAUCAAAGACUGGCAUGUUCAAGCCCGAACUAUCAUCUACCUCGUCCACGUUCGGCUGCUCAGACGCCCGGUGCUUCUGCGGAGCUAACUCUUGCAGCUGCAACAAUGAGCAGUGCGGUUACAGCAUACGUUAUCUGGAGGGAAGCAGCACAAGCGGCUUCCUGGCGGAAGACAUGCUGGCGGUGGGGGACGGCGGCCCGGCAGCGAAUUUCGUGUUUGGGUGCGCCCAGUCCGAGUCUGGGCUCCUGUACAGCCAAAUCGCGGACGGCGUGUUCGGGAUGGGCCGGACCCCUGCGUCCCUGUAUGGGCAGCUGGUGCAGCAGGGCGUCAUCGAUGACGCAUUCUCCAUGUGCUUCGGCGCACCCAGGGAGGGCGUCCUGCUGCUGGGGAAUGUGGCGCUGCCGGCGGACGCGCCGGCGCCCGUCGUUACCCCUGUGGUCGGCAACACCAACAAGUUCAACAUCCAGAUCGAGGGCUUGAACUUUAACGACCAACAGCUGGUUAGCGGGCAGACCUGGUUCUCGUACGGCUUGGGCACAAUCUGGGACAGCGGCACAACCUUCAGCUACUUCACACGCAAUGUGUACAACGCGCUGGUGGCGGCCAUCCGGAGACACGUCGAGGCCAACCCCGACCUUGUGUCCGUGCCGGGUGCCUACUCUGAUGACAUCUGCUGGAAGGGCGCGCCGGCAGACGAUGCAAGCAAGCUGGGCGCCUACUUCCCCGACAUGGAGCUGUUGCUGGCGGGCGGCGGGCGGCUGACGCGGUCGCCGCUGCACUAUCUGUACCCCUACGGCGCCGCCUGGUGCCUGGGCUUCUUCGACAACGCCUACAGCAGCACCGUACUGGGCGCCAACUUGAUGCUGGACACAGUCGUCACGUAUGAUGGCCGCCUCAACCAGAUGCGGUUUACAACCUAUGAGUGCGAUAAGCUUUCGGAGGCUCUUGGGGUGAAUGGCCAGGGCAGCAACAACAGCACCAGUCCUGGCUCAGCCCCAUCGCCGCCGCUGCCGCAGCCACCGCCACCGCCGCCGCCAUCCCCACCGCCUGCCGCUCCGCCGCCUGCCGCACUGAAGCCCAAGCGGCCACGGCGCACCUCGCCGCCACCGCCCCGGCCGCCGCCCCGCAGCCCGUCACCUCGAGCUCGCACGAAGAAGUCUCCGCCACCGCGCAGCUGAACGGCUGUGUGAAAGGAUGCGGAGCGUGCGAGGGGCUGCCGUCGACAGGGACAUAGCAAGCAGGCCGCAUGUUUACUCAUGAAACGGCUCGCAUGCAUAGUGUCAGGGUGUGCGGUGGAUGAAUAAAGGAUACGUAGCAACCAGCAUGUCUGGUCAUCUGUAAGGGAUAGCAGUGCUUAAUUAUUAUCUGAGCGGUGGCCGGACUUGGGGCGGGCGUGAUUUCAGGAAUGCACGUCGUGCUCACCACCUUGUAACCACACACACACAGUGAUUUCAACUUGCGGGAACAAGCAGCUGGCUGGACCUACGGGAGUGUGGACCCCGACGGCCUAGCCACUGCCAUGCCAAGGUUCAUACACUGACAAUCGGGGCGUGUGUAUUCAUGUGCCUGGAGGCAGUUAGCGGCCAUUGCUGACAAACGUGGUGCAUGCAAGGCCAGAUAGUAGAAAGGCGACAAAUGAUGCGGUAGUGUUCUUUCAUAUUGCCGGUUUCGAUAUGGUGUGCGGACUGAAGACCAUGGAUUCUUGACGGGUCCUUCUCUGAGCGCUUGUGGCGUGACAGGCGCGUUUUUGCGGGAGUGGCAUGAAGUGCUGCGUGCACUGGGUAUGGGGCGGCCCCACACCAUGCAACAUGAAAUACCUUGCUGGCAGUCACCGUUAGAGAUAGAGCGCGGAUGUUCUGGUGGGCUGGUGGCUGGCUGCAAACCAGGCCAUGUUCAGACCCUGGAUGUGCACCGGGAGGCAUGCCGAGGGAGGGAGCUGACCUGGCCCCCCAGUGUCGGAGGUCCCCAAAAGCCCAAUAGUUCUUCAGCAGUAUGCAUGCUGCACGCAUGGUAGCUGAUUGGCCCUUUUAGUCCCUGGUUCCGCGGCGGGCUUCCGCAACAUCAUGUCCAGUCAACGGAACCGCGAAGAUCGGCCAA